AUGGUGAGAAGCAAACUGAAGGGGAUGGAGAGAGGUAAGAAGGUUCUGCCAAAAGAAAAGAAGUGUGUUCUUAAAGGGUGCAUCAAGGAUAGCAAAGGACCUUGGUUAGUUCAUAGAACCAGCAAAAAUGGAGGUGUAGUUAGCAAGCUUCGUUAUCCUUCUGAUAGGGAGCGACAGAAAAAUAAGCAAAGGGAGCGUAAUCGACGAGCUGUAGCUCAAAAGAUCUUUGCGGGACUUCGGGCUCAUGGCAACUACCAGCUUCCCAAGCAUUCCGAUACUAAUGAUUUGUUAAAAGCUUUGUGUGAUGAAGCGGGGUGGCAUGUCGGAGAAGAUGGAACAGUUUCGAGGAAGCCUUCUGCUUUGCAAAUGCCAAAUCGGAUUAAUGUGGAUCUCCCAUGCCAAGUUUGUUUGGAUGAAGACUAUUGUAUGUGUAAUGAUGAUAUUGAUUCACAAAUUUUUGGUGAUCGUCAGCCAAGAAGUAUUUCACUGAUUGAGAAGCCUCGAGGGGAACAUAAUAUUAAUCUCACGUUGACUCUCUCAGUAUGA